AUGGCAGAUGUGGGUGUUUCCGUUUUAGUCACCAUGCCGAACUAUUCACUGUUCUCCGGUCACAAACAUGGCUCCAAUGGACUUGUUACUAUGACUUGGACUUUGCAUUAUUUGUUGGAAUUUCACGAUCGGAUUUGGUCCCAAAUGGGCUCUUUUGCUCUUUUCGUCGUGAAUUUGGUCUCAUAUAGCAUUGGGACUCUUCAAAUUUUACGAAAAGAUUUCAAAGAAAUGUUUAUAUCAAGAGCAUUGGAUCACUUAUUCAUGAACAAGAAGAUAUCAGGCAUGAGUUUUCUGGCGAAUUUGGGAGAACAGGUUCCAUCUGAGUUUCUUAUUGAUAGCAUAAGUUGCCUUCCAUGCAAAGUCCUCAACAUUAUUCUUGAGAAGUUGCCUUUAUUUGAUGCUGUAAGGACAUGUGUUUUGGCAAAGGGUUGGCGAUACAAAUGGCUUAUGCUUUCUAAGCUCUUUCUAGAUUAUGAACUUAUUUCUGAUGAUACUAAGGAUCUUAAAUGGGAUAUGAUUUUUUUUGUCACCAACAAUUACUUGCUUAAUCACACAGGCACAAUCAAAACCUUUUACCUGAGAACAUUAUGCUGGCCACACUAUCCUGAAUUGUAUCAGUGGCUCCUAUAUCUUUCAAAACUUGAUCUAGAGGUGCUGUUGCUCGAAGAGCUUGGAAGUCAGCCAUUUGAGAUGCCUUCUUAUAUGUUCCGUUUCAAGAAGCUGCGAUCUUUAUUCCUUGGAAAUUGCACUUUGCGCAUACCAUCUACAAUUGGGAGUUUCAGCACUCUGUUUGAGCUCUCCCUCAGAGAUGUUUCAAUCAAUGACAACGAUCUUCAUCAUUUGCUUCUUAGGUGCCCGUUACUGGUGAAGUUAACAUUGUUGAGGAUACAUGGAUUAGAUCAUUUAAGAAUUCAUUCCCCUUCACUGACCAUGCUAGAAAUAGACACCCGAAUUGAGGACGUUGUUAUUGAAUCCUUUGCGUGUUUGGUUUUAGUUUGUAUCAAGAAUUCUUUCAGAUAUCCAGGGAUGGUUCGAUCCUGGCGGAGUGUUAUUUGUUGCCUAUCUGGUCUUGACUCCCUUCAACGUCUGGUUUUAUAUGGAGAAUUUAUCACGAUCUUGGCUGCUGAUUGUGCACUUGAGAAUUUUCCAUUGAGGAAUGAUACUCUGAUUUGUCUUUCCCUUUGUGAUGUAAGAUUUGAGACUAUUGAAGUGCUCAGGGUUUGCCUUUCUUUACUAAGCUCCUGCAUAAACAUCAAAUCUUUCCAAUUUUCGAUUGAAGCAGCCAAAGGUCCAAAGCGGAUCACUACAUAUUUAAAGGAAUGGGAUGUGCUGUGA